AUGGAAACUAGCAUCUUUUCACAAGUGGAUAUUGGUGCUGAUGAAAUAAGUCAUUUGGACGAAGAUAAUUUAAUCGGCCAUGGUGGUAACGGAAAGCUGCUUGAUGAAGAUUAUGUGACAAAAAUUGCUGAUUUUGGUGUUGCUGAAAUAUCUCAGACGGGUUUUAGCUUUUUUGCUGGUACACAUGGUUAUAUUUCUCGAGUUUUGGGAACAAAGCUAUAUCCCGAUGAAGCAGCAGUGGCAAGUUAUAAUGUUGCUUGUUGUUACUCUAAGCUAAACCAGUUAUCCCUCUAUAUAUGUAGAUUAAAUCCCUCAACCACAUUUUUCAAUGAUUAG